AUGUCAGAUAACUCUUCAUUUCUCGCUGCAACAGUACCGACAGAUGACGUUGCUUCACAUGUGGUGUUAAAUACCUCCAUCGGAAGUCCACCUCAUAGUGAUUCUGAGAUAUUACCAACAUUCCCUCGUCGCGAAAGUUAUUCGCCUCCAAAUAUUUACCAUGGUCAAAGAAAUCCAGGUGAUAACUUAUAUUCAGAAAAUAAAGAACAACCAUCCACUGUUGUUCCUUUCUACCGACGUCCACAGUUUUAUGGCACAAUACUGCGAACUUUUGCCUUUAAUUUCUUUUUCCCUUUCAUAAAUGGGGUCAUGCUUGGUUUUGGAGAAAUUUGUGCUAAUGAAAUCGCGUUCAGAAUGGGCUGGUUCGGGGUUAGAAGUCUGCCACUACAUUACCGUAGAACUUCUAUGACUCGAAGUCGUGAGACUAAUAGGUCUGGAAAAUCUGGGCGUGAAAUCGAGGCAGAUGAUGAAAAUGAAAAGACGAUGUAUGUUGAGAUGACAUCACUGUAG